AUGGCCUCACCAACCCUCGCACCGCGGCUCACACGCGCGCGUGCUGCACCCGGUCACGCGACGGCCCAUGUCGCGGACGCUCUACCUCCGUCCGCUGCUGCUGCCGCCGCCGCUGUGGAAAAGCUGCGGCGCGCGUGUCAAGAGCUGCAGCUGUCGAACCUGCCGCGCGUGAUGACCGGACGGGAAGACGAGCGGGACGAGAUAUACGCCGCGCUGCGCUCGUCGAUCGAGCACCAGAGCGCCGGUGGGCCCAUCUACAUCAGCGGUCUGCCUGGGGCCGGCAAGACGUCGAUCGUGAAGGAAGUGGUCCACACACUCGAGUCAGAGCGCGAUGCCGGCAGACUGCGCAACUUUGCGUGGGUCGAGGUCAAUGGUCUGCAGAUGCCGCGGCCGGACGUGGCGUACAGCAUCUUGUGGAAGGCGUUGCAGCCACGAGAAGAAGAAGAAGAAGAAGAGGACAAGGACGACAAGGACGCACGCGGUGUGCGGAGAGCUAUAAGCGCCGCGCGUCUGUGUGAUCUGCUGCAGCGCGAGUUCCACACGGCGCGUGCGGCGCGUCCCAUGCUGCUCGUGCUGCUGGACGAGAUGGACUUUAUGCUGGCGGGCAAGAACCAGGUGCUGUACAACCUGCUCGAGUGGCAAACGGCGGCCACGGCCAAGCUCGUGAUCGUCGGCAUUGCCAACACAAUGGACUUGCCCGAGCGCCUGCCCAGCAAGAUCCGCAGUCGACUCGGCGGCCAUCGCAUCACGUUCCCCGCGUACACGCGCGCGCAGCUCGAGACCAUUAUCCAGCAGCGGCUACUCGCGCUGGACAUUUUCAGUCCCGAGGCCAUCCAGAUCUGUGCCAAGUCGCUCGCGCACCAGUCGGGGGACGUGCGGCAGGCCCUCACGCUCUGCCGCAAGUCGGCAGAGGUGUGUCUGCACCGCGUUGCGGCCAUGGCCGGUCAGGCAACUCGGGACGGUCGACGCGAGCUCUUUGUGACGAGCGACGACUUGCACGAGGCGCAGCAGGCCGUGGCACUGUCGGCGCCCAUGAGCCGACUGCGCGCGUGCAGUAAGUUCGAGUGCACGUUCUUAGUGGCGCUCCGCAUGGAAGUGCGGUCGACGGCGGCGCGUACGAGCACGAGAAGCGGCGCGGAGCUCGAAGCUGUGAUCGAGCGCUUUGCGAUCCUGUGCAAGACGCACGCGUUCGUGCCGGUCCCGCGACUGCGCGGACUGCUCUUCAUCUGCGACGAACUGGAGCGCUCGGGCGUGAUCAAGCAGCUGGCCACGCGCACGUCGCGCUACCCUUUGCUGGAGCUGCAGUGCUCGCACCAGGAGCUGCAAGACGUGUUCCUCACGCACCCCAUCGGUAGGCAGCUGAUUACAUAG